UCCUAGAGAGGCACCGGAAGAGGCUUGAGUUGCAGGGGGUCCUCCGAGGGGGGAGAGGAGUACCUUCCGGAAGGGAGCCAGUCCUCCUGGGACGGGACUGGAGGAGGGUCUGCACUCGCUUGGGCAGCUUGUCUCCUCUCUUCUGGGAUCAUUCCUGCGACCACCCUUACCGUCUAUUCCCAAGGUCCUAUCAGUUCUGUCAGUUCUUCCCCUUCAUCUGUCAGGAGAGGGGAGAAUAUCUUCUUCCAGUCUGGAGGCAUUCUAAACGCAUGGAACAAAGAUGGAAGGGCAAGAACCACCUGCCACCCAGUUGGAAAUAUUUCCUUCUGCUGUUGAGGCAGAGAACAAUAGAGCAUUCUGGAAGGACCCUUGGAAGAAAGACCAGGAGAGCAAACUCCUCCAUUCAGACCUUCAGUGCCAGCGCUUCCGGCAUUUCCACUAUGAGGAGGCCUUGGGGCCCCGAGAGGUUUGCAGCCGCCUCCACUCUCUCUGCUGCCUGUGGCUGAAGCCAGAGAAGCACACCAAAGCCCAGAUGCUUGACCUGGUGCUCCUGGAGCAGUUCCUGGCCGUCCUUCCUGCGGAGAUGGAGCGCUGGGUGAGGGAAUGUGGGGCAGAGACCAGUUCCCAGGCUGUGGCUUUGGCUGAAGGAUUCCUCCUGAGUCAGGAAGAGGAGAGGAAGAGGGAGAAGCCCCAGGUGCAGGACUCAUUUGCAGAUGAGACCAGUCAGGUGGAGGAGUCUCCUUCAGAAACCAUGUGUGUUGCCCACAUUGGAAAUGGAGAAUAUAUCAUACUUGAUAGUGAAACAUGGCCAAGUAAUAGUAGCACAACUUUUCAUGAUUCUUUCCGAAGAAGAGAUUCUGCGGGACCAUAUAAGGUGACUUUUGAAGAUGUGUCUGUGGAUUUCUCAGAGGAGGAGUGGGCCCUCUUGGAUUCAAGCCAAAAAGCCUUGCACCAGCAAAUGAUGGAGGAGAAUUUAGGGUUUCUCUCAUCUCUGGAGGAGACACAAUUUAAAUGUUUGGAAGAUGGAAUGAUUUUUAAUUGGAAGGAAGCUCCCACCUUUUAUCAAGAAACUCACACAAGGGAUGAAGCAUUUAAAUACUCGGAAUGUGAAAAGAGCUUCAGUCGGAAAUCAAACUUUGUUCAUCAUCAGGAAACUCAAACAGGAGAGAAACCAUUUAAAUCCCCAGAGUGUGGAAAGAGCUUCAGUCAGAAGAGAGUUUUUGUUCGUCACCAGGCAACUCACAAAGGAAAUAAACCAUUUAAAUGCUUGGAGUGUGGAAAGAACUUCAGUCAGAAGGGAGUCCUUGUUCGCCAUAAGGCAAUUCACACAGGAAAGAGAUCAUUUAAAUGCCCAGAGUCUGGAAAGAGCUUCAGUUAUAUGGGAGGCCUUGUUCAGCAUCAGGCAACCUACAGAGGAGAAAAGCCAUUUAAAUGCCCAGAGUGUGGAAAGAGCUUCUAUCGAAAGGCACACCUUGUAUUUCACCAGUUAGCUCACACAGGAGAGAGACCAUUUAAAUGCUCAGAGUGUGGGAAGACAUUCAGUCAGAAAUCAAACCUUGUUCGUCAUCAGGCAAUUUUCCAUCAGAGAAACUACACAGAAGAAAAGCCAUUUAAAUGUUCAGAGUGUGGAAAGAGCUUCAGCCACAAAUCAAAACUUGUUCGUCAUCAGGUAGUUCACUUAGGAAAAAAGCUAUGUAUAUGUUCAGAGUGUGGAAAGAGCUUCAGUCGUAAAUCAAACCUUGUUCGUCAUCAAGCAAUUCACACAGGAGAAAAGCCUUUCAAAUGUCCAGAGUGUGGAAAGAGCUUUUAUCAAAAAGUACACCUUGUCAUUCAUCACUUAGCUCACACAGGAGAGAGACCAUUUAAAUGCUUAGAGUGUGGAAAGGGCUUCAGUCAGAGCAGAGACCUUGUUCGCCACCAGAAUAUUCACACAGGAGAGAAACCAUUUAAUUGCUUGGAGUGUGGAAAGAGUUUCAGCUGGAAGACGGUCCUUGUUCGUCAUCAGGCAACUCACACAGGAGAGAGACCGUUUCAAUGCUCAGAGUGUGGAAAGGGCUUCAGUCAGAAGAAAGACCUUGUUCGCCACCAGAAAAUUCACACAGGAGAGAAACCAUUUCAAUGCUUGGAGUGUGGAAAGAGUUUUCGUUGGAAGGCAGGCUUUGUUCAUCAUCAGGCAACUCACACAGGAGAGAGACCAUUUAAAUGCUCAGAGUGUGGAAAGGGCUUCAAUCAGAAGAGAGACGUUGUUCGCCACCAGAAAACUCACACAGGAGAGAAACCAUUCAGAUGUUUAGAGUGUGGAAAGAGCUUCAAACGAAAGAUAGUCCUUGCUUGUCAUCAGGCAACUCAUACAGGAGAGAAGCCAUUUAAAUGCCCUGAGUGUGGAAAGAGCUUCUGUCAGAAGUCACACCUUGUUCGUCAUCAUUUAGCUCACACAGGAGAGAGACCAUUUACAUGCCCAGAGUGUGGAAAAAGCUUCUGCCAGAAGUCACACCUUGUUCGUCAUCAUUUAGCUCACACAGGAGAGAAACCAUUUAAAUGCUCAGAGUGUGGAAAGAGCUUCAGACGGAAGAGCGAUCUUGUUUGCCAUCAAAAAACUCACUCAGGAGAGAAACCAUUUUAAUAUUUAAGAGUCUAGAAAGAGCUUCAGUCAGAAGGCAGUCCUUGUUCAUCAUCAGGAAACUCUCACAGGAGACAAAUUGAAAACAUAUGCUUAGAGAGCGGAAAGGGCAUCAAUGAGAAGCAAACCCUUCGUAAACAUGAAAUAUAUCUCACUGGAGAGAAAUCAUUUAAAUGCUCAGAGUAGAAAGAACUUCAGUCAGAAGCAAAGUUCUUUGUCAGUAUGCAGCUAACACAGGGGAGAAAUAAUUCAUACGCUCAGAGUGUGGAAGGAACUUUGGUCAGAAGAGAAAUCUUACAAAGUAUCAAAGUUGUCACAUUAGGAACAAGCCAUUGAAAUACAGAGACAAAGCUUUCAGUUGGAAAAAAACUUAAUUCAUCAUGAAAUGAUGUACACAGGAGAUAAACUAUUUAUAUGCUUGGAGCGUGGAAAGAGGGUCUAUCGUAAGAGCUAUUGUUUUACAUCAGAGAGGGAAUUAAUCUUUGUCUUAGAAACACUGAGUUACAAAACCAUGGUAUUUGGAGAAAUAAUAGAAUAAUAGUGUUGGAAGAGACCAUAUGGGACAUCUGGCACAACUUCUUAUCAUGCAGGAAAAGCACAAACCUGAUCAAUUUUCUUUGAUGAAAUGUGUAAUUAAGCAUAAGUGAUAAUAUUUUGAGAGCUAAAGCAUAUUUCAGGUUUUUAAUCCAUUCAUGCUUACUAGUUACUGCAGAUAUUUCCUGUCAUGUUAAUUCAGGGUUAAAAAUACAUUUAAUUGAGAAGUGUGGGAGUGGGUUCAAUUCAUGACUAAUAGCCCUGUGUAUCAUGUAAUUCUAUGUAUGUGGUAGGGGGUUUUCUUUUAUGAAAUUGUUUUCCAUCCAUUCAUGCGUACUGGAUACUGUGAAUAUUUCUUGCCCUAUUUAUAACUUAUAAAUAAUAGAAAAUUCA